CUUAAUCAUGUUUUUCAUUGUGCUUUCAUUUGCUUGUUAUCUUUCCUGGUUCGCUCGGCUGGCAAACUCGACGCUCAUAUAUAUUUCAUGGGCACAGAAUAAAUGAAUCAAUACAGCAUUUUAUGCUCUGGCGUCUCAUCCAUCAACCAACGUGUGCCUGCUCGCCUCUAUGGGCAAGCUUGGGGAAAAUGUAGAUAAAUUAACCACCCCUCCUCGCUACAUCCUGCACUGCCUUCCCCUGAGAUAGGCUGGGUUACAACAUCCAUCAUCCCUAGCCAGCCUGCCCUUCUGCCAGAUGGCCGUUCUGCUUUUAAAAACUGGGGAUGGACAAAUUUGGCUCCCGUUUUUUUGGGGUCUCUAACCUCGCUCGAGGAGUCUUGCUGGGAGCAACUUCGAGCCCUCUCCUCUCUGGUUUGCUGAAGGGUUAAGUUGAGCAAGUCCUGUCUUCCUAGAAAAGCGAUGGAAAUUUGAUUCACAACUGGGAAGGGAGGCGGGUGGGCAGGCAGGCAGGCAGGCUGGCUUCUCCUCCCCUUCCCGCCCCGCCUCUUGCCUCUGGUGACAUGAGAAACUGCCUUUCGCUUCUUGGUCCCCAAUCCGGGAGCCAUCAAAGAGCUGCGGCUGCAGCAGACACAAAGGCUGCAAGGCGGGGGAGCUGGAUUCAGAAACCCAAAUGGAGGAACAGGAAGCUGCCGGAGCCGAAUCACAGGAGGGUUUGGAAGGCAAAGCACCAGACCUUCGUGUGGUUCAGAUUGGGACCGCCGGGGAGUUGCUGGAGGGGGCUGUGCCCCCCCAGCAGUUUAAGCAGGAGCCCGAGGACCAAUGCUGGGAGAACCAACUCCAAGACUUCCUGAAGACCAUGCAGCCUUCCCGUUCGGGGUGGAGGAACCCCCGGUCCCCUCACUAUAUGCUAGGGGAAGACCCCAAGUAUUGCCCAACCUCCUUCAAGAGAGGAGAAGAAGACAACCAGUGGCCCAAAGUUGAAUGCGUGUCUGAAAGCACAUUGGGUGACAGUAAACCCUACGGGAGUAGCCAGGGUUCCCCCGUGAAGGUGAAGGAAGAGGUGCUGGAGGAAGAUGCCGCCCACGUGGAAGUGCGGCGACAACGUUUCCGUCUUUUCUGCUACGAGGAAGCCGAAGGGCCGCGGGAGGUUUGUAACCAGCUCUGGGAGCUUUGUCAUCAGUGGCUCAGGCCAGAAAACCACACGAAGGAGCAGAUCCUGGAAUUGCUCAUCCUGGAGCAGUUCCUGACUGUCCUACCCCCCGAGAUGCAAAGCUGGAUACGGGAACAGGGGCCGGAAACCUGCACCCGGGCCGUCGCCCUGGCCGAACGUUUUUUGCAAGACUCCGAAGAGCCGGAGCAGAAGGUGUCAGGAACUUUAGAACAGGGGUUUAGCUCCCCCAAAUCGGAUCAUUCUUCGUCUCAUGUCCUGAAGGUGCAGCUCCCUUUGGAAAAGAAGCAGGAGGAUGAUUGGGAGGCCACUUUGUCAGGGAACGAGCAAAUGCAGGAAGAGGAAGAGGAGGAGGAAUCUUUCCAGCCCAAUCAUCCUGAACCAACAGUUAGUGGUGGGUUAUCCCUGGAAAGAGCAACAGGGAAGGGUUUCCAAGGUUCCGAGUCGGACGAGAACCCCGAAGGUCCCUCUGAAAACCACCCUGGAAAGGUGACCAAACGCUUUGAGGAGAGCAGCAGAGGUGCACGUGAAAGCUCCUUUCAGGAAGGGAUUUCCCGGCACGUCGACUCAGGAGAAAGUUCCUGCAAAAGUUUUGGCCCUCAGGAAAUUCAGCCGAUGGAGAAACCCCACAAGUGCUCAUUCUGCGGGGCCAGUUUCUACGAGAGAACUCACCUCAUCAUCCACGAGAGGAUCCACACCGGAGAGAAGCCGUACAAGUGUUCGGUCUGCGAGACGUGGUUCUCUCAUCCCUCUGAGCUGAUGCGGCAUGAGGAAACCCAUAUGCCCGAGAAGCCGCACAAAUGUGCCGUCUGUGGCAAAAGCUUCAAUCAGAAAGCCUCCCUCAUCACCCACGAGAGGACGCACACGGGGGAGAAGCCCUACGAGUGCUCCGAGUGCGGGAAGAGCUUCAGCACCAGCUCCCAGCUCAUCACCCAUAAAAGGGUCCACACGGGGGAGAAGCCCUACAGUUGCUCCUACUGCGGGAAGAACUUCAACCAGAAGGCCUCCCUGAUCACGCACAAGCGGACGCACACGGGCGAGAAGCCCUACGAGUGCACCCUCUGCGGGAAGAGCUUCAGUGCCUGCUCCCAGAUCAUCAACCACAUCCGGGUCCACACGGGAGAGAAGCCCUACGAGUGCCUGGAGUGCGGGAAACGUUUUGGCAGCAGCUCCCACCUGACCGAUCACAAGCGGACGCACACGGGCGAGAAGCCAUACAAGUGCCCCGACUGCGGGAAGAACUUCAGCCGGAGUUCCAACCUUACGGCUCACAGCCGGAUCCACACAGGAGAGAAGCCAUAUAUAUGCUCAGGUUGUGGCAAGAGCUUCAGGCAAAAGGCCUCCCUCAUCACACACAAGAGGACUCACACGGGGGAGAAGCCCUUCGAAUGCGCCGAGUGUGGGAAAAGUUUCAUUUCCAGUUCUCGUCUCGUCAGCCAUAAACGGGUCCACACGGGGGAGAAACCCUAUGAAUGCUUAGAGUGCGGAAAAUGCUUUAUCUCCAGCUCCCACCUUCUAAGCCAUAAAAGGGUCCAUACGGGAGAGGAACCUUUGAAAUGUUCAUAAAGCGCAAAGCAUUGCCCAUGUGGCCCCGGGCUGGCUUCUAUGUGACUCUGGCAGGGAAUCCUAUAUCUCCAGGACGGCGUAGCAUCUGUAGCUCUGAAGGCCGUUCCAUGUCCUCGAUGUACCAUUGAAAAGUUUUGUUUGUUUAUUAGUUUUAAAGAACUACUUUUUUUUUUU